AUGACCGAAAACGAAGAACUAGUCGCCCUUUCCAACACCCUAUCCUGCUACGCGCCCAACCCCAAAGAAGCAGAAUUCAUCUACAAAGAGAUCUUCGAAGACCACUGCUACGAUAUCCCCAACCUCCUCCCUGCUUCGCGAUUAGAAUCUUCGGACCCAUUUAUAAUCGACGCUGGCGCAAAUAUCGGCUUAUUCACGCUGUACAUGAAACAGAAAUACCCGAACUCAAAGAUACUAGCCUUUGAGCCUGCGCCGCAGUUGUUUGGGCUUUUAUGUCGAAACCUUGAGCUAAAUGAUAUACAGUUCGUGGAAAACGGCAGUCAUCCGCAUGAUGAUGUUGAAAAUGGUGUGGAGGUCUUCCCAGUGGGGUUGUCGACUAAGGAGAGCGAGGAGAAAUUGACAUACUAUCCCACGUUACCAAGUAACUCGACCCUAAAGCCGGAGGAGAAAGCUUUAUUGCAUCGAGAAGCUGUGAAAACGAGUGGACAGGAAAUGGCAGAUCACUGGUUUGGGGGGUCGUACGAGAUCGAUGUCAAGUUACAACGAUUAGGACACUACUUGAACAACAGAAGCAAAGAAUGGAGAGUCAUUGAUCUACUCAAAGUCGACGUUGAAGGUGCAGAACUUGAUGUGCUCAAGGGGCUGGACGAUAGGCAUUGGGACCUGAUACAAAAUAUUGUACUGGAGACGAUGGAGAAGUCCGGUAUUCGUCCAGAGAUCGAGGAGCUGCUAAAGCGAAAGGGGUUCGAGUUUACAAUUGAAGGGGCGCCGUGGGCGCCGGAGGAGUUUUAUACGAUUAGAGCAUAUAGGGAGGUUUAUAGCACAUAA